AUGGAGAUGCAUCGUCAGAACCAGAUAAAGAGAGAGGAAGAGACAGAAGCUGAGAUAGCAAACAUGAAAAAGUAUUACUACUCAGAGGAAGAAAUGGAAGCUGAAAAGGCCAAGUGGAGACAGAUUUAUUACUCAACCUUGAAGGAGAAGAAGAAAGCAGUCAAUGAGGAGGAAGAAGAAUCCUUGGAAGAGUCUGAGAUGGAAUCGGAACCUAUGAUGGAACCUCAGCUUCCAUCAUCUAUGAUGCCGGCUCCACCACCACCAUCACCGCCACUGACUCAACCACCUCUAGAGUUUAAAUUGAGUAAAGAGGGUGCAGUUCUGGACACUGGAGGCUCAAAUAAGCUUGUUACAAAAUCUGAGGUGCCUUUGAUCAAUGACCACAAACAACCAUUGACGCCGCCGCCCUACCCUUCGUCGUCGCCAUCUCCAUCUCCACCACCGUCAGCUCUGUUAUCUCCACCACAUCUAAGACUCGAAAACAACAGCGAGAAGAAGAUUUUGAAAAUCAAGAAGUUGGACAGUGGGAGAUGCGAGUUCCUAAUGGCCACAAACCACCACCGCCACCACCACCGCAGUUGCAGCCGUCGUUACCGGUGUUUGAUGAAAAGAACGGAGGAACGUUCGAGAAAGCGGAGUAUGAGUACAAACAGAGCGUCAUAG